UUUACAGUUUUGUGUGGGUCCCAGUUACAUGGUAAGAGGGAGAGUGCGAAGGAGGUUAGGUUGACUACAAACAGAACCCAUGGAGGGAAGGAGAGUAGCGUUAGGUGAGGUUAUGAGUAAUAGUUUUUCUAGGCAUUCGAGUGAAUCUAAUGGGAGUGGGACCUUGUGAGACUUCCUUCAGCUGCCUCCUUUGGCUGUACCAGUUUUUCAAGUCAUGUUUUUUUUCACAACAUUCUGUUCUAGGCUGACAGGUGACUGAUGGAAAGAGAAACCGAGUGAUCGGAAUAAGAGGAGCAGUAAAAGUGGAGGACAGAAAGAGCGUAGAGAUUUGUGUGAAAGAGACAGUCGAGUGAAGUUUAGAAUGUGAGCAGGUCAAUUGAGUGUCUUUAGAUGCACUCGAAGAGGUUUUGGAGUGGUUCCUUCAUCGGUUGUUAGUUACCAGUGUUCUGUAGCAGCUCGGUGGGGGAUAGCUGAAAACUAUUCAAAGUAUUUUAUUACAACUUGCAGAACAAGGGGACUCAACUCUGGCAGUUUUUUUCCAUCAGUACUCAGCCUGACACUUAUAGGUGACCUAUUCAUUUAUUGUUAGAGUGUCUAGGAGGAUCCAAGGACCUCUGCCUUUUGAUACUGUGCCUAAUUGCCUUCGGACACUUUUGAGGACUGUUUUUGGAGGAGAAUUGAUUAUGGCCAGUUCCCUGUACUUUAUCCUUCCGGCCCUAGGGGGCUACACCCUGACGUCACUCUACCUGUUGAAGAACCCUCAGAUCCUCCACAAGAAGAAACGGGCUGCCUUCCACUGCACCCACAUCUCACACAGAGGAGGAAGUGGCGAGAGGAUAGAGAGCACCAUGGAGGCCUUCACACAUGCGGUGGAGCAGGGUACAGGAAUGCUGGAACUGGACUGUCACCUGACCCGGGAUGGUCAUGUGGUCGUGUCACAUGAUGAAAACCUCCUGAGGCAGACCGGCCAUGAUGUCACCAUCUCCUCCCUAAACCUAGAGGAGUUACCCCUGCAAAAGGACAGACUGGAGGUCACGUUUUAUGCAGGCCACUACAGCACCGGUACAGACAGGAAGAUCACCCUGUUGGAGGAAGUGUUCAGGAAGUUUCCCAAGAUGCCAGUCAACAUCGAGAUCAAAGAGGACAACAGCUUGCUGAUAGAGAAAAACUCCACCAUGCCCUAUAGUUUCAGCAUGAGACGAGGGCUACAGCUGCUCCUCCUUUACUACAGCGGCCUGCUGCCCUUUGUACCGCUGGGAGAGAGCUUCUUGCAAUUCUACCUCCCCCGCAUUAUCAACAGGACAUAUAUUCCUGAGGAGCGUCUUCUGAAGAACAGAAUGGUCAUCUAUCUGAUAGAGAAAUUAACAAUGAAGAAGAGUUUAUUCAAACAUCUGGCCAACAGAGGAAUUCAGGUGCACCUGUUCGUCUGCAAUGAGGAUCCGGACAUCGAGGCGGCAUUCGAAGCAGGAGCCACAGGCGUCAUGACAGACUACCCCACCCUCCUGACUGACUACCUACACAGACACAGGAGUCAAGACUGACAGCCCAAACCUCCAAUCACACUACUGAUUCACAAACAGGGUUCUUAACUGACAGCUCUAGCUACCUAUCAAGAGACCACCACUCGUACGUUGUUUAUCACUGAAAGAAUCACCCUUAAAUCGCAAUUUUCCUUCACAACUCCGGUCUCCACCAAUGAGCAAAAGGACAGCUCUGUAAGGAAGAUGCCCGAAAAGCACAGAUCCAAGACCAGCGUACCUUUCCCAAAUCCCAACCUUAACCAAUAGAGGGAAAAACACAACCAAUCUCUGAUCAAUAUCUUUAGGCAACUUCAUUCCAUCUACACAAAACAAUGUCACUUACACUUACUGUCUUUUGGUUAAUGGAUUGUGGUCAUAUAUUGACACGGUUCACCUCUCUCUGCAACCUUCCCAAACCCUAAUGGAUCUAUCAGUGGCUGUCUGGAUGUUGUUGGGGGGAAAAGGGAUUUCUUUAAGUCUAUAUCCUUGACGUUUUCCCAUGGUAUUAUGACAUUAACAUAAUGGAACUGACUUUUGGGGUCUUUAUGACAGGCUAUACAAAUUGUAUGUUUAUCAAUGCGAAGAUGAUUUAAAUAAAUACUUGUAUAGUUUUAAGUGUU